AAACACCACAGCCAACUGCUGCCUGCCCCAGACAAUUCGGCCUUUACAGAAUUGGUGAUGCUUACAACUGUGGCCAAUACAUGAAUUGUGUCCAUGGCAUAGGAUAUCAAUUCAAUUGUCCUGAGGGUCUCGCAUUCAAUGAAGAAACCUUGCAAUGUGACUGGCCAGAUUUGGUACCAACUUGUAAUGCUGAGGGUUUCCUUGGAUUUACCUGCCCUACAACCUAUCAUCCUGUUCUUGGGUUUCCAGGUGGUAAUACUUACUAUAGAUCUCCAUCAGAUUGUCAAGCAUUCUUUGUAUGUGAAAAAGAUCGUCCUAGACUGUUCAGAUGUUCAAAAGGAAAAGCAUUUAAUGAAGAGAUUUCAGCCUGUGAUGGCAUUGAGAAUGUUACUGGAUGUUAUGUUCCUGACAGCACACGAAGUUAUACAGGAGAUUACAAUCAACUGCGUCUUAGUAAUUAAAUAAUACUCAUAACUUAUUUUUUGUUUUUACUUUCAUAACAAGUUACUAUUUUUAUUGAGAGUGAUAACAAAAAUAAUCUUAAACUACUUAUUAUUGUUCAGUUUUUGUAUAUACAUAAUUAACUAUAAAAACAGGAAAAUAAUUUGUUAAUGUAUAAAAUGUUUUUUUAAAUUAUUUGUGACUAAUACAAUAGUUGCUAUAAAAAUUGUUUGAAUUUUUAUAUGGUCUAAGAGCUAAUUUAGUAUAAAAAUAAUAUAUUUUUUUAUAUAAUCAUAUAAAAUAAUUAAAAAGUAUUCAAAAUAAUUAAUUUUAUAAUUUAAAAUUAAAAACAAAAAUAGAAGUAUCUCUGUUAAUCAACUUAAUAAAAUAAAAUGUUUAUAUCUUUUAAAAAUUU